AUGGUCCUCCGAAUUCGACUGGCCCGCUUCGGCAAUAAGCACCAACCCUUCUACAACAUUGUUGUUGCGCAAGCACGGCCCUCAACCCAUUGCGCCGGACAUGGCAGAUCAGGCUAUUACCGCGAAUCAGAUGAGACCGGAGUGGACGCAAUGAAGGAAAAUCAAUUGAACUGGACACCACUGACUCGUCUGUCUAGGUCCGCCCGCGGCGCGAAGCCCCUCGAAGUCAUCGGCACCUACAACCCCAUCCCGACGGCCCGGACGGAUGUACCGGACGCCAAUGUGGCCCCGCGCUCGUACAAGGACAUCACUCUCGACAAGGCGCGGGCGAAGUACUGGUUGGGUGUUGGUGCGCAGGCCAGUGACCCAGUGUGGAAGCUGUUGAACUUGGCUCGUUUGGUGGAACCCAAGCCCAAGACCUACAACAAGGCGUGA